AUGUCGCAAACCGCCGUCACUGUCGCGUCACCCCACGCAAAGGAAUCUCGCAUACGCUCGAAUAGCCCAAUGAGCCAGAAUGGCAGCACGGCGGCAGCCAAACCCCCCGCGGGUCAAAAUGCAACCGCCCGUGCAGGAAUAAAGAAGAUAUCAAGGCUUUUUGCCUUUACACGACUUGGUCGCGGCCGUCCAGAAAGCCCCCAUGGCCAUAUCCAAACCGAAGACCCUGCCUCCACGAGAGAAAGCUCGCCCGAUGUUCACCAACUUACAUCUCGACGGCGCCGCGGCGCAGGACCAGAACCGAGGAAGCCUGCGAGGAACGGUCUUAGUCGCCUUGUCGCCGACCAAGAAAACCAGGCCUGCGCUAUUUGUGCGACAAUCGACUUUCCUGCCCUGCUCAAUUGGCGUCCCGGCCAACCGCGACCUUGGAUUCCUCUGGCUCACACACUAGCUGAAUUAUCUGCUUGUCCAUACUGUAUUUUCUUCCAAGCAUUGGUUGGCGCCGAACCGGAUACCACGCGCAAGUUCACACCCUAUCUACGGAUUCGCCAAGCAUUUGAGCGCCUCGGAGUUGGGGAGAAGCACGAGCUUGGUGGUGCUGUAUUGUUUGAGGUCACUACCAAGAGCAAGGUGCUACCGUGGGGCUAUAUUGUACGACUGGUCGAGGGCGAGGAUGACAUGGUUGGAUACAAGGAAGCUACGCCGAUGAUCCGAGGUCGCGUGAUACCCCCCAAGCUCGAUACUGCGUUACCUCGGAUUUGGAUCGACCAUUGUAUGACGAAUCAUAAAAAGACAGCAUGCGCUUCACAAGGGCCACCGAUUCGAGGUCUUAAGCUUGUGGACUGCCGAAAUAACCAGGUGGUGUUUGUGGACGAUCUCAAUGCGGAGACAAUCGAGUAUGUCACGCUAAGUUAUGUGCGAGGUACCCCAACAGACGAUGAAUGGGACCAUAAAGGACUGCCUGAAGUGCUGCCUCCGCUACUCACGGAUGCUAUAGCUGUGACCAAGUCUCUUGGAUUCCGUUACCUCUGGAUCGACCGCUUCUGCUUCCCUCAGUUCAGUGCAGCUGAAAGACGACGACAGUUGGAAAAGAUGGGAGAAAUCUAUGCACGCUCUGCGCUUACUAUCAUUGUUGCAGCUGGCCAGGGCGUACAGGAUGGUAUUCCUGGCAUCAGUGUGUCUCGUGAGGAGCAACUAUCCCUGCAAACGGAAGCUGGCUGUUUCACGACAUCGCUUACGAGACCAGACGUAGAAGUCGCCAACUCAAAAUGGGCAUCUCGUGGUUGGACAUAUCAAGAGGGUCUCAUGGCACGUCGUCGCUUGGUCUUCACCCCAUCGCAGAUCUACUUCCAGUGCCAGACCUUCCAUUGCCAUGAAUCGAUCUCUUUUCCCCUGAAGACAAAUCCAACCCUCAACCUCGGUCGUGUUUUUGCGAAAGAUGCUAUUGGCCGUUCGAGCACUUACAAGAAUAUCGCUAGCGGCUAUUUCAGCCGUGAUUUCACCAUUCCAGAAGAUCGUUUGGACGCUUUCAGAGGCAUCGCGGACCAUUAUUCUCAGUUGGAUGAUCCCCUUGACAGCGUUCUUGGUCUUCCUCUGUAUCAUACCAAGGACUUCAAAAACCUACCGAAUCCCAACCGGACAGACCGCCUUGCCGUUGGCCUCGGUUGGUACUACGACCCUCCAGGCGAUGCCAAUAUAUCAACACACCCUAUGCAGCGUCAAGGCCCGUUCCCCUCAUGGACCUGGCUUGGUUGGAAGCUUCGUCCAGAGUAUACUGGCUAUGGUCCUAACCUAAACUUUUACCAAAUUGGUGAAGAAACACCCCUUAUUGACAACGUCUCAUCCGUACCUAAUAUGACCAUCUCCCUGGGCUUCAAGGAUAACAAGGUUCUCGACUGGGAAACACAGGGUGAAGAGAUUGACGCCCGCACCACACCUAUCUCCUUUCUGCGUCUCACGACAUAUUGUUUUGAAAUCCACCUCACCGUGCCUCCUCCUCCACCCGACACCCCAACUUCCACAUCUUUCGAUACUCCGAGAACCACACUCACGUCGCCCGACCUCCUCGACGAUAUGCACCCUUCUGUUGCAGCUCUCCUUUUCCGUGCUGCGCAGCCCUCUCCUGAUUCUCCCGAAUCAACUUCACAACCCCCACCUGGCGAGCAUCAACUCAUCGGUUGCUUCAUUUCUGGACGCGACUGGAAGAUAGAUGAGUCCUACGAGUCUGCAAACAUCCUGAUAUGUGGUCGUCGAAACUGGGACGCUGAUGAUGUGCUUGUCCGCCUGGGUACUCUCGAACUUGGUACUGGUGGCCUCUUAGGCGUUGAUGAAGACACAGCUGUCGUCAAGGGGGCGAUGAACAACGAUAGACGGUUGGAUGUGCAGCUGAAAGAGCUUGAUAUAUACUAA